UGUCAUCCCAGGGGGGCGGGUCUCUCUCUCCUCUCCGUCCGGUUGACGUCCACGGAUCUCUGGACGCGUCACGUCGCUCUCCGGUUCUCUCGCCUCGGCACCGACAGGCUCCCCGGGUUGACGGCAACUUCACGCUCCAACUUUCCCCCGCGACCCGUAGUCUCCGCGUGCCGGCGUCUGCUUUCAAACCUUUCCUUUUUGCAUCGAAACAGUUCGCUCCAGUUCUCCGGUGAACCGUCGCGUCCGCGGGUUGGUGUUGUGGGGUCUCUGUGUGUGUGCGCGCGUGUGGGGUCUCGGUGUGUCUGCGCGUGUGUGGUCUCGGUGCGUGUGUGUGUUGGGGGGGGGGGUGUCGGUGUGUGUGAGUGUGUGUGGGGGGGGGUGUCGGUGUGUGUGUUGGGUCUCGCGGUAUCUCUUCCUCGCACCACCUGUUGGCUAGCGCGUCGGGUUCCUUCCCGCUCUGGACCCACCGGACCUCCUCAUGAGCGCCCCCCCGGUGAUCCGCGCGCCCAGCCCGCUGCCGCUGCUCCGGAGCGCGAGCAACCCCGGCGGCGGCGGGGUCGCCUUCCACAUCCAGAUCGGUCUGAGCCGCGAGCCGGUGCUGCUGGACCCGGGGGACCUGAGCCUGGGCCAGGUCCGGGAGAUGGCCUGCUCCAUAGUGGACCAGAAGUUACCGGAGUGCGGUUUCUAUGGGAUGUACGAGAAGAUCCUUCUGUUCCGUCAUGACCAGACGUCGGAGAACGUUCUCCAGAUCCUGAGGUCAGCGGCGGAGAUCCAGGAGGGGGAUCUGGUGGAGGUGGUUCUGUCAGGCUCUGCGACGGUGGAGGACUUCCAGAUCCGGCCCCACGCUCUGUUCGUCCACUCGUACCGCGCGCCGGCCUUCUGCGACCACUGCGGGGAGAUGCUGUGGGGGCUGGUGCGCCAGGGCCUCAAGUGUGAAGGCUGUGGGCUGAACUACCAUAAGCGCUGUGCCUUCAAGAUCCCCAACAACUGCAGCGGCCUCAGGAGGAGGCGGCUCUCCAACGUCUCUCUGACAGGGGGCGGGGCCAACCUGUUUGCAGGGACACGCCCCCCUUCAGCUGAGCCCUCCCCCACCAACUGUUACCCGGAUGAUGCGCUACUGUCUCCAGUCAGCCCGGGUCUGGAGAAGGGCCAAUCGGAUUACUUCCCCAGCCGCGAGCGCCGGUCCAGCUCCCAGUCGUACGUGGGCCGGCCCAUCGAGCUAGACAAGCUGCUCAUGUCAAAGGUCAAAGUGCCCCACAGCUUCCUGAUCCACUCCUACACCCGGCCCACCGUGUGCCAGCACUGCAAGAAGCUGCUGAAGGGGCUCUUCAGACAGGGCCAGCAGUGUAAAGAUUGUAAAUUCAACUGCCACAAGAGAUGUGCCCCAAAAGUACCCCACAACUGCCUCGGAGAGGUGACCAGGAACGGAGAGCUUCUCAGCCCGGGGGCGGAGUCAGACGUUGUCAUGGAGGCGGGUUGCCUUGACGACCAGGAUGGGGAGCGCGGGGGGAGCCCAUUGGACGACAUGGAGGAUGCGAUGACCUCAGAGGGGGCGGGGCUCCAGCUAGGGGUGGGGCCUGGUGACCUCUGCGACCUCCAGGACCCUGACCUGGAGGACUCCAAUAGAGCCAUCAGUCCGUCCACCAGUAACAACAUUCCUCUGAUGCGCGUCGUCCAAUCAGUGAAGCACACCAAGAGGAAGAGCAGCAAUGUGGUGAAGGAGGGGUGGAUGGUCCACUACACCAGCAAGGAUACCAUGAGGAAGAGGCACUACUGGCGCCUGGACACUAAAUGCAUCACGUUGUUCCAGAACGAUACAGGCAGUAAAUACUACAAGGAGAUCCCUCUGUCUGAGAUCCUGUCCCUGCAGCCCGCCCAGACGCUCUGUCUGCUGCAGGACGGCUCCAACCCCCACUGCUUCGAGAUCGCCACCGCGGCGUUGGUGUACUACGUGGGGGAGACAGGCCCGCGCAGCGAUGGGGCCGGGGGCGACGUCCUCGUAACGGGAGGAGGCGGGGAGGUCUCCAGGAUGUGGGAGAUGGCCAUCCAGCACGGCCUCAUGCCCGCCAUCUCUAAAGGAGUCUCCCAGGGCCACAAGGAAGUUUCUGUCAGCAUAUCCGUAUCCAACCAUCAAGUUCAGGAGAAUGUGGACAUCAGCUCUGUGUACCAGAUCUUCCCAGAUGAGGUUCUGGGCUCCGGUCAGUUUGGGAUCGUGUACGGAGGGAAACACAGGAAGUCCGGUCGAGAUGUGGCCAUCAAGAUCAUCGAUAAACUGCGAUUCCCGACCAAACAGGAGAGCCAGCUCAGGAACGAGGUCGCCAUUCUACAGAACCUGCACCAUGCGGGCGUGGUGGACCUGGACUGUAUGUUCGAGACCCCGGAGCGGGUGUUCGUGGUGAUGGAGAAGCUCCACGGAGACAUGCUGGAGAUGAUCCUGUCCAGCGAGAAGGGCCGCCUGCCAGAGAGGCUCACCAAGUUCCUCAUCACGCAGCGGAGCUCUGAUUUUGGGACACACCGCGCGCUGUGCUCACUCAGGCAGAUCGUCUUACGGAGCUGA